AUAUUUUUUGUUUCUUACUUUUGCUCUAAUUGCUUUUGAAAAUGUUAAUUCACAAAUAGCAAGAUACGGACAUACGGCGAAUCUUAUAAACCAAAAAAUAUAUAUUAUUGGUGGAAAAGAUGCAACUGGCGCGUUUGUCAAUGAAAUGCAAAUAUUGGAUCUUUCAUCAAAUUUUUCUUUAGUUAAUAUUUCCAACAAUUUUAUAAAUAUUACUUCACUGAAUUUUUCUGUCGCAUGGGGAACGUCUGUUGAUAAUGGCUCUAGUAUUUUUUAUUUUGGUGGCGUCACAUCAGAUAAUAAAGCGACUGCGAACAUUAUCCAAUACGAUACAAAUCAAAAUCUGUUAUCUAAACCCCUUGAAGUUUCAGCAUCACCGAGUGCACGGCGCGGCUUAAAUUCAGUCAUUGAUCAAAACGGAACAUGGUAUAUUUAUGGCGGGUCUGGCAGCAUUGAUGAUAACCCUUAUCACUUGACGUCAAAUAACGAUCCGGCUAUAUAUUCUUUAACGUUGACAACAAAGAAGUUUACAGAACAAGCGUCAAUUCAAAGCACAAACACAAAAACCCGAUUUGACUAUACAGCGACAGUAAUAGGCAAUAAUAUUAUAUAUAUUGGUGGUCAAACAACAAAUGGCUUCAUUGGAAUGGAAGAAAUUUGGAUAUUUCAGACAGAUACAAUGCAAUGGAGGAUAUCAAAUGCUACAAACGCUGGUCUGGUGCCAAACCGUGGUGGUCACACUGCUGUAAAACUAAACAAUAGUAUUUUGAUAUAUGGCGGAUAUUCCGAUCAAAAUUCAAAUCCAAUAAACAAUAAUAAUGCUGUUGCAUUAUUGAGCAUUCAAAAUUUGGGCGCUCGAAAUGGUGAAACCUUCACUUGGAAAUUACCAACUAUUUCAUCGUCGCCGUAUCAAAAUCAACAACAGAUACCCUAUUGGCAUACAGCAACAAUCUACAAUAAUUAUAUGAUUGUUGUUUAUGGCAAAUUCGAUAAUAACGAUAAUACUAAUACAUCAUUAAAUGUUACGAAUAAUGACAGUACUAUUCUAUCAAAUAAAAAAAGUAAACGGUUUCCUGAGACUCCACCAACUUCUCAAUCAACACUAGGGACUUCUCAACCAGCACAGGGAGCUUCUCAACCAACAGCUUCUCAACAAGAACCAGUAGUUUCUCCACCAACUUCUCAAUCAACGCAAGGGGCUUCUCAACAAGCACCAGUAGUUUCUCCACCAACUUCUCAAUCAACGCAAGGGGCUUCUCAACAAGCACCAGUAGUUCCUCCACCAGCACCAGUAGUUUCUCCACCAGUACCAGUAAUUUCUCAAAAAGCACCAGUAGCUAUUCUUGAUGUCAGUAAUGAGACUUCUAUGACAUGGGUUCAAACAAUAACUAGCACACAAGAAUCUGACGGUCCUAAUCACGGAAAGAAAAAUAAUGCUGGGAAACAAAAAGAAUUGAAGGAUGGCCAAAUUCAAGAUUCCAUUCAAUCAACGCAAAAUUUAGCUGAAAUGGUACAAGAAUCGAAUUCUAACAAUCCGGAAAUGGUUCAACAUUCGAAUAAUAUUAAUCGAUUCGUGCAAUCACAUCACUUACCUGAGAAAAUCAUGAGCAAAUCAAAUAAUCAGAUUAUCCAACAGCCAACUGCAAGAAAUAAUAAAUUUAAUUUUCAUGUCUCCUUUCACUCGCCAAUUCGUAUUUCUAAAAAAGAAUAA